CUUACUACUAUUUGGCGUUGCUCGGCGCCUUAAGUCUACACCCUUCCUUCACGCUAUCUACGCCACCAAUACAAUGGCGGAGCUGGACCCUUCCGCUGCUACCUCAUCUAACAUUUUCUCCCACAAAAACCUCCGUCCUUCCGAAGACACAGUUUUCUUCUCCAUUUUUCCGGACUUCUCUGUACAUUCUUGUACGUCCACUACGACCACCUCCGAGCUUCAAGCUCUUCACCUCCAGAUCAUCCAAAUCAUAUCUCCUUACACCUCUAACUACAUAUGGCAACACGAGCCCUUUAAUCUUAGCCUCUCCACUACUUCCCCGCCCCAUCUCGGCGGCAAACUCCGCUUCGGCGAUAACCUAGAAGAUGAAUGGUUUGUGGUAUUCCUCCUUUUUGAGAUUUCCAGGAGCUUCCCGAACUUAUCAAUUCGCGUUUGGGACAGCGACGGCGAGUUCCUUCUCAUCGAAACUGCAUUCCACCUACCGCGGUGGCUCAACCCCGACAGCGCCACGAAUCGCGUUUUUAUCCGCACUGGUCGUCUUCACAUUAUUCCGAAGUCCAUCUUCCACGACACUCCGACCCUUCUUGACGCGCUAAGGGUUUUGAAAGACGGCAGAGAGGGAAAGACCGAAGCCCCUGAGCCUGCUCAGGUUCAAUUGGAGAAUAGGUUAAAGCAAUACCCUUUGAGAGCGGAGAAGAAUGUGCACAGGGUGAGGGUUAGAGUCCCGGUUUCUGUGGCACAAGUGUUGAAACACGAGCCAUGCUUGGUUUCACUUUCCGUGGAGGGAUUUUAUGAUAGAGAUAUUGAUACUAUGAAGUAUGCGGCAAAGAUGGAGAGGUUUCUGAGUAAUGGAAGUGGAGAAGAGCUUGUGGAAGUGGUUACACGGAUGUCUAGGGCAAUGUAUGCCCAAUUGGUGCAGCAAACAUUUCAAGCCCCAAAAUGCUACCCGCCAUUGCCACCUAGAACUGACAUGGGAUCAUAUAUGGAGGCCGAGUUGGGGGUGAAGAUUGCAUGUGGUUUUGAGAUGAUGUACCAGCUAAGGAAGACACAGGGAAUGGAGGGGAAAGGGAGUACAUGGGAGGCUUUCAAGAAGAGUCUGGAAAAUAGUGGGUAUUUUCAAGGGUUGCUUCCUGGGUCACAGGAGUUCAAGAGAUUGAUGCAGAAUGCAGAGGAAUACUACAGAAAUAGCUCAUUGCAAGCCAAAACAAGCGAAAUGUUGAGUGCACCCAUAAGACGUAUAGAUGAGAUUCUUGCUCUUCCUCAUUCUGUCGAUGAUUUUAAGAACCAGGAACUACCACCAUCAGAUGACGACUCGUGGCUUUAUGGUGGGGAAGAUGAGCUAAAUGCUGUUCUUCAAGAGAGGCAGAAGGAGAUGGAAGAUUACAAUGCAACACAUAAAAAGAAACAAAAAUCAAAGGAAAAGCCAGAAGAUUUAGACAACGUAGACGACUACGAUCUAAAAAAUAUUUCAGAGUCUAUGCAAGCAUUUGUCAAGAAAAGGUCAAGCUACAAAGGAGCAGAGGUUCCAGAAAGCUGCCUAAGAGAUGUGGACUUUGAUGUGGAUCGCUUUAUGGAAGAAAUUGAUUCCUUGGCCAGACGAAAGGACACCUCUGAAAGCACUGGCAGUGAGUUUGAUGUUGAAGAAGAAUCAAAUUCUGACAUGGAAUUUGAUGAAUCUGAUGAUGAAAGUGAUGCUGAAGACAAUGAUAACAUGGGAGGGGAUCCCUUUAUGCAGUCCUAUGCCCAUGCUCUGAAUGAGGAACUGAAAGGCACUUCACUCGGAAAAAGUUUUGCUAGAACCGAUGAAAACCCUCUCAAGAAGGACGAAGGAACAUCUGCUGUUGCAGGAGAGGGGUUGGAGGAAGAGUUCAGGCCCGUGGAUGUGGAUUUCAACCUUGUAAAGAACCUUCUUGAUUCAUUUUCAUCCCAGCAAGGACUUCCUGGUCCAGCUUCCAACUUAGUUGGGCUUUUGGGUCUACAACUUCCCCAAGAUACUAAUAGUAACAAACAGAAAUAGUUUUUACAGUGGAUUUCAAUUUGCUACUGUAUGCAUUUCAGUAUCAUUGUAUGAUAGUCUGAAUCUGCAGACACCUACGUCCAAUGAAUCUUUGUUUAAGAAACAAAACAUAGACAGGAUCCCAUUGGGAAGAAGCACUAGUUGAAAAUGACAUAUGGGUUAUGUACUUGUGUGUUUGUAUAAAACAAUGCCCCAUUCUUUUCUA